AUGGCCUCUAUUAAAGGACCAAAAAGUGCGUUGUCUGAUUUUAUAGAAGAACAUGGAAUUAAAAUUAAUUAUUUAGAUAAGAGAAAUUCAGAAGAUGUUAUGCCGACAAUAGAUAGAAAAAGAAAAUUAGUUAAAAAAACAAAUAAAAAGAUAAAGCCAUUUGAAUUUAGUAGUAAAGAUUUACAUAACGUUUCACUCCAAAAUAUUUUGAUAUCACGUAUACUAAAAAACAUUAACUCCUUUACUCUUAAUGACUCGCAUCUGGAAAUGAUUUCGUCAUAUCUUAGUAAACAUAGAAUGUUUAAUGUUUUUUACUUUAAUAGCUUAGUUAAUCUUUGUAAGAACAAACUUAUUAUAUAUGACUGCUCAAAUAUUAAAGAUGAAGAAUUUAUAAUAUCUAAUCACAAUCUAACUUGUUUAGAAUUAUAUCAAUGCGGACAGCUUACAAAUAGUACAUUAAAUGAUAUAUUGAAACAACAAAAUAAUUUAAAAGAGCUUCGUAUCACCGGUGGAUAUUUGAUUACUGAAAUUUUGUUACCAUCUAAACUUUAUAUUUUAGAUUUAAGCAAUUGCAACAGACUGUCUAAUUCUAUUAUUGUUGAAAUUAAUAAGAAGUAUAAAAAACUUGAUGAAUUAAAAUUGUCAUAUUGUUAUAAAAUUACUGAUGACGUAAAAUUGAAAACAUCUGUCAAAAGACUGUUUGUAGAAGAAACCAGGAUAUCUGAAAAUUUUUAUUUAAAAAAAGAAAUUCAAUCAUUAUCUUUUAAAAACUGUUGUCUUAUAAAUAGUUUAGAUAAAAAUUAUAACAAUUUAGAAUAUUUAAAUUUGGCAAACAUUACCACUAUUAAUAACAUUAAGAUUGGAAAUAAAUUGAAAAGCCUUGAUAUUAGUAAGUGUUAUAGUCUUAAAAAAUGGUUUUUUGAGAACAUAUAUAAAUUAAUUAAUUUGGAGUAUUUAAAUAUUUCUUAUUUAGAUUUUGAUUCAUAUGACUUUUUGCAUAAGCUAAAUAGUAUUAAAGAAUUGGAUAUUUCCUGGUGUUCUAAUAUUACAGAUGAAAUUGUUAUUUCAUUAAUGGAAAAGACAAAAAUAGAAAAAAUAUAUGUAUUUGGUUGUUUUAAUUUAACAGAUAUUACUGCUAAAUUUUCUUAUAAAUACAAAGAUACAGUUACAAUUGUAGGAAAUCAUGCUGAAACAAGAUAUUUGAUACAAAACUCCUAA